UCAGCACUGCACGGUGGAGCGAAAGGAAUAAUAAUAAAAAUGAUCUGGCAACACUGGAUGGUGGAGCGAAAGGAAUAAUAAAAACUAUAAUAAAAAUGAUCUGUCGCCUGUGUCUGAACGCGCUGGACGAGCAGAACGCGGUGCUGCUGUUCGGUGGCGCCGGCGCAGGCAGUGCGCCCACCGAUGCGGACGACAGCGACGGGACCGGCGGCAAGGUGAUGCCGGAAAGCUACUUGGUGCAACUGAUCUCGAUCCACUUGUACCUCUGCCUGUCGCGCGACGACGCCAUCUCCACCUGCAUAUGCACCGAGUGCUGCGCCCAGCUGGAGAGCUUCCACAACUUCUGGAAGCUGGUGGAGCUAAAGCAGACAACGCUUUGCAGCCAGUUCCUGGAAAUCGACUGCGAUGUAAAUUGGUCGGAGGACGGCGGUGGCGGCGAGCCGGACGCUCAGCUGGAGCCGCACACCGCACACCUGAUCCUAGAGCCGGAGUUCCCUGAAAUCUGGGUAAAGACCGAGCCGAAGGCGGCGGCCACGACACCGACCACAGUCAACAAGUUCCCGUGCAUGUUCUGCGAAAAGUCGUUCAAGAUGCGGCGCUACCUCGAAGAGCACAUCGCCACGCACACGGGCGACCGGCCCAUAGCCUGUCCCUACUGCGAAAUGGCCUUUCGCUGUCGCUCCAAUAUGUAUACGCACGUAAAGAGCAAACAUACCACUCAGUGGCUGAAGGCACGUGAGGAGCGGGAUGCGGCCAAGUCGCAGAAUCAGGGAGCCGUGCUUGGCACCGAGGCAAGACUGGAGCCGGUGGAUGAGCCAGCUCCUACGACUGCCACUGCCCCUGCCUCUGCUCCGGCAGUAGUGUCUGUCUCUCUCGUGCCCGCGUCAUCUCCUGUUCUCGUGUCCGCUGCCCCGACAGCAGCGCCUCAGCCCUCACCUCCCAUUGUUGAACAGCAGCCGCUACCGCUGCCGCUGUCGGUGAUCAAAAGCGAACCCGGCGAGGCCAUCAAUCUGACCAUGACCAAGGCUCCGCCGUCAUCAGCUAGUCGGGUAUCCCGCACUCGCUCCAGCCGCCGCAAGACACACUCACCCAAGAAGGUGCAGCACACGGAGGACAGCGAUGCCAGCGACGAGGAUCUGCCCCAGAAGCGUCUCAAGGAAAACGAGUUAAUAUUGGCCAACUACAAUGCCGUGGCUGCUGCCGUGGUGGCCGCUGCUGCAGCCUCAACGCUCACCGGCGGCAGUGGCUCUGUUCAGCCGGACAGCCUCCAGCAGCGCCUGUGCGCAAGUCUCCUCCAGCAACAGCAGCAACAGGACCAACUCUUCGCCGUCAUGUCCGCAACGGCGGCUGCCGCCGCAGCGGUUAGUUCGCAUUGUGCCUCCACUACCACAACGACGACGACGACAACAGGUCCAAUUCUGGGCAAUCCCUACAGCUCCCCGCCAGCUGAGGCAGAUAGACGAACCCUGGACAAACGGCGAAACAACCAGCCGCCGCCCCCGCCUACGUCCAUUCAGGCUGCCGCACCCAUACCCAUGAUUUGUCCCAAUUGCGGUGAGCUGCCCGGGCAGAACCAUCGCUGCUUAAGCAAGCCUAAGUACGCCUGUGAUGUGUGCGGGAAGUGUUUCAAGAUGAAGCGCUACCUGGAGGAGCACUUUGCCACGCACACGGGCGUCAAGCUGCACACCUGCGCCUUCUGCCCCACGGAGUUCCGGUCCAAAUCCAAUAUGUACCAUCAUACCAAGCGCAAGCACAAAGCGGAAUGGGAGCGGUCGCGGGCAACGCGCUCAGCGGCCAAGGCGGGCGCCCAGGAGCAGCAGCAACAGCAGGAGCAGUCAGGGCCAGCUGCCGUCUAGGAUAUAUCGAUUACAAAUAUACUUAUUAUUUUUUGCAUAUAUAUAUAUAUGUGUAUUAGCCAUUACACCGAUGUACUUAUCCCAAGUUUUGUAAACUCCAGUUCCGGCCAGCGCCACUUUUGUGUAUACUCUUCUCGUUCUCUAUAAUGCCUUAACCAGUUGGAUUUGGA